AUGGAUCACGAAGCGCCCGCGUCUCGGUCGAAAAGUUUGGGCGAGCGCUUCUUGAUCGGUCCUUCCACUGAGCACUCCGCCAUCCCUCCUCUCUCCUCACGCACUCUACUCACCUCAUCCCGCGGCAUGGGUCGGUUAAAGCAGAAGGGCAAGGCUGGAGCAGCCAAGGCUUAUGUCACCCGUUCCUCGGCGAUCAAGAAACUUCAGUGCUCUCUUGCAGACUUCCGGAGGUUGUGUAUCCUGAAGGGCAUAUAUCCCAGGGAGCCUCGUAGUCGCAAGAAGGCGAACAAGGGGUCCUCUGCACCUACCAACUUUUACUAUGCGAAGGAUAUCGCGUACCUCGCCCACGAGCCAGUCCUCCGGAAGCUCAGAGAGCACAAGGCAUUCGCGAAGAAGCUCACCAGGGCGUUGGGAAGGGGCGAAUGGAGUAGCGCGAAAAGCCUGGAGGAAAACAAGCCGGUGUACCGGUUGGACCAUAUCAUCAAAGAGCGGUAUCCCACCUUCGUUGACGCCGUUCGAGAUAUCGACGAUGCACUUUGCAUGACUUCCUCUUUGCGUCCCUACCAUCCGACUCCAAAGUCUCCCCUACCCUCGUCGAAAACUGUCUUCCUUUCCAUUAAGGGCGUGUACUACCAAGCCGAAGUCUUCGACCAGACCGUCACCUGGCUCGUUCCGUAUCAAUUCACUCAAACGAUCCCCACAGACGUCGACGUGCGCGUCAUGCUUACGUUUUUGGAAUUGUAUCAGACCCUCCUCGGAUUCGUUUUUUUCAAGCUAUACACGGAUGCCGGCCUCGUAUAUCCACCCCCACUUGACACCAAGAAGGAUGACGGCGCUGCAGGCGUCGGUGCAUUCAGCUUACAGGAGGCGAAAGACGCGCGACCAGCAACCAAUGGCUCCUCCAAAGUUGUCGAGGUUGAUGGCAAGCGCGUCUCCAACAAAGACGUCCGGCAAACGAUCAAAAGCAUUACCGCCGCGUCCGCGGACGGAGAGGACGUACAGAUGAACUCUAUCGAAUCUGCCCCAGCGAACGAGGAGGACGAAGAGUUCGUCGAGGACACGACCGAGGAGAACGCCGACGACGCCCCCUCUGCCCCCGCUUUUACCACCGCUGCCCUUCCCACUCUCAAGACGCUCUCCACGCUCCCCCAAUCCACCGCCUCAAAACUCUUUGCACCGUAUACCUUCUGGCUUUCGCGUGAGACUUCGCGGCCGAUCUUCGAGUUCAUCGUGCGCUCGCACGGGGGUCGGAUAGGCUGGCCAGCGACCUCUGGCGACGGCUCGCCCGUCGUCGAGGACGACGAGUCGAUCACGCACGUCAUCAUCGACCGCCCGGUCGUGCAGCGCGCGGGCGAGAGCGAGGCGGAGCGCGAGCGGCGGCUCCGGCGCAAGUACGUGCAGCCGCAGUGGGCCGUCGACUGCGUGAACGCGGGCAAGAUCCUGCUCGAAGGCCUUUACGCGCAGGGCAAGACGCUCCCGCCGCACCUCAGUCCGUUUGGGGAGCGCGCCGACGCGUACGACCCGACGGCGGGUCUUGCGGAGGUGGAGGACGAGGAGAUGGAGGACGAGGUCAUCCUUGGCGAAGAGGACGGGGAAGAGGCCAUCGAGGAGGACGAUGAGGAAGACGACGAGAAGGAGCCGAAGCUUGCUCGUGCGGCGAAGGCUGCGCUCAAGGCUGCCGCCGCCGCCGAGGAUGCGGCCACGUUGCGGGUCGCGGAGCUCGAGGCGGAGGCCGCGGGCGUGGACGUUGGAACCUUUGAGAAGGAGUCGCGGAAGGCGCAGAAGAAAGCAAAGAAGGCUGGGGCUCCAAAGGAGGACGAGGCGGAGCAGGACAUGAACAAGAUGAUGAUGAGCAACAAGCAACGGAAGCUGUACGAGCGCAUGAAGUACGGAGAGAAAAAACGGGCCGCCGAAAGGCAACAACUCGAGGUCAAGAAGCUUGCGAUAGAGAAGGAGAAAAAGCGCAGAUCCAAGACAUAG